AGUAUCUAAUAUUAACCGAAGACACCUCCGACAUUUCGGGCGGUAGACUGAGCAUCGUGCAGAUAGACACUGCAAGUAUCUUAUUGGAGCAUCUAGGUAUAAGACUAGCAUGCCUCGCAACACUUUCAAUUCACGGGCAACAGCCACUUUCUACGGCCAAGGCAGCUCUUUCAACGCCAGUUCGUCUCAUCCAGGAUCGACAAGCUCCAAGCCCGUCGUAGUGUCGGAGGACAGUCAAACGGAGACUGGCGAUGAUGAAGAUGAAGUUGCUAUUACCGGGACGCGCCAACUGGGUAGUCCUACGAAACAACAAAAAUCAUCACAUUAUAAAGACUCGUCCAGCGAGCUGUCAUCUGAUGAAGACGAUGCAGCUCUUCAGCCAUCCUCGUCAACCCGCAAAGGUAAGAAGAAAGCUACGGAGAAGAGCCCAAGGAAGCGGAGAUCAAAGUUCCAUGCAAGUACAGCCUCCGAUUCGAGUGAUGAGGAAGGAAGCGACGAUGAUGACGAGGACGAGGCGAUCCGCUUGGCGAUCAACGAGGCCGGUGACGGCGACUCGCUACUCGGCUCCGAAAGUCAAAACGAGCUCAGCCAAGACGACGCAGACAGCGACUCUCAGGAAGAGCUGCACGCCCACGCGUAUGCCAACGCUCAGCGUGCAGCUGGCCUCCUGGGGAAAGAGGACAACUCGGAUAGCGACUCCGACGGCAUCCUAGCCGAGGAGGAGGCGCGCAUCAUCGCAGACGAGGAAGCUCGCCAACAGCGAAAGAAGCGCAGGUCAGCCGAUAAGCGCCGCUUCUGCAGGCAUCUCUAUACAGGAGACGACACCGACAGCGGCGGCGAUGGCGAUGGCGAUGCGAGCAGUCGACACUUCAGCCAGGUUGAGGAUGCAGAGCGUAACACCGAUAGUCUACGUGGACAGCCUACUUCCGUCUCACCGUCCACCCUUCGUGCUCUCGGACUCAGUAGUCUGGGAUAUGGCGACGUGCUUUUUGAGCAGCAAACAGACUUUCACACCGACUCAGAGCCCUCCUUCACCGAUUUCUUCAACGGCGAGGCGUCCAGCUCUUCCGGUUCAGACUCUGAAUCAGGCGCAGGGACCGACAGCGAGGGUACAGAUUCAGACAAUGAGAGUGACCUCGAUGCGCUUACGACUGACGACGACACGGACUCGAAUCUCAGCGCACUCGAAGCGGCCAUUCUAGCCGGAGAGCCGCUGGUCUUUGGCCGCGCAAACCUUGAUGGAAGCGCCAAUCCAGAUUCCUCCCUCACCGGUCUUGUCGAGGGCUUGCUGGCAGGCGCAGAUGCCAACACGGCCCAUGCCAUCCAUGGUGGCGUCGGUAACCGGGACACGCCAGAUGAUGAUGAUCAAUUCAACAGCGCCGAGAAUGUUGCGGCGCGCGCGCUGGCCGCCGAGGAGGCGAGACGAUGCGCCGAGAUGCCAUUGCUCGUCAUUGAAGACCUGGACGGCCGGCUGAUUUAUGCACGGGCCGGGAACGGGGAGGCGGUCUUUGGCAGCGAUGGAGAGUUCGAGUACAUCGGUGGAGAAGAGGAGACGGAAUCGGACGAGGAUGACCCGUACGAGUAUUGGAGCGACAUUGACGAGGGGUUGCUUGCCGCUCUGGGUCCCGGCGCUGAUGCCGUUAUGAGUGGAGGCGGCAAUCAUGGAGCUGAUCCUAGCGCUAAAGCGCUCGGUAAGAGGCGUGCACGAGACGUAGAGGAAACCGAAGACGACGGCGAGACUACGGACGAGCUGCCAGAGGAUGAUCUGCAAUUCAGCAGAUUGCUCGUCGGCUCCAUCGAGCCGCAUGGCGGGCGCCAAUCGCGCAGGCGCCGAGCGCUUGCCCUCAAGAGUCGCAAGCUGUCUCCUGCAAAUUUCAACACGACGUCCAAGGGCACUCAUGCAUCCGCGGCUACGGCUGCGAAGCUGGCAAGCUCAAGCCACAGCCGAGCUGACAGCGGUACCUUGUCGAUAUCGGAUGUCGCAUCCGACUCGGCGCCCAUCACUCUGCCUGAAGAGAUGCAAGUGUCUGCUAACGACGCGAAGGAUUCCGUCGCUUCUGCAUCCAACGGCCAGAAGGCAUUACAGGAUGCACUGCAACAAGCUGCACACGCGACGGCUGUAGCUGCAGCUACAGAGGGGCAGAGGGAUGCGGCUGGCUCAAGCUCAGGGCUGGCAAAGGAAGUGGUGACGGCAUGCAUUGCCCCGGCGACGCCUGUAGCCAAGCCACUCAUGGGGAGCUUCGUGCCUUCGUCCAAUGCCAAACAUCGUGCUGUCAUCGAUGGCCAGCGGCCGGUUCCUUCGCCGUUCUCGUUGCACAAUCGUGUGCGCAACAAGGGACUCGGUUUGCAAGGGAAGCGAAAGAGGGGAAGAGAUGCCGGCUUGGAUCCGUCGCAAAAACGCCAGCGCCGUUUCUCUAUCGACGACAUCAUCGGGCGACCACUUGUCGAGGCGGAAAGCGCACAGGGAUACAUGUCUACGCCGGAGGACAAUGGUGAAGAUAUUCAGCUGGUCGAUCUGGACGAUGUGGUCGAUGCCUCGAUGCUGUGGCGCCCCGGUCCAGGCGCUGCGUCACCUGAUAUCGAAAGUAACGAAGAUGCAGACAAGAAGGGGCGCAAGAGGCAGCUCGGAUUCAACGUGAACGCUUUUGCGCGAUGGAACAAAGUCCCCAUGCAAAGUUUCCGUGACGGGCAACAGCAGCAGCAGCAGCAACCGCAGGAAAGUGCAUCGUCUAUGCAAUUCGGCAACUCACGCUUUGCUCGCGAGCUGCGAAAAGGCUUGGAUCGAGGCCCGCGACAGAGAACAGACUCUUCUCCCUUUCGCGGCCGUGCUGCCGAACGCGCUCGGCUGGGUACUGACCGCGCGGGGAUGGACGCAAUGCUCACACCCACCUCGCUCACAGGACCAGCAAAUGGCAUCUUGGCGAUCAGCCCAGUCCUCUUCCCUCAGAGCGAUGCCCAGCCACAAUUCGAAGGAAACUCACAUGGCCUUUCAUCGGGGUCUUUACAGGCGACCGCGCUCGCCGAAGUGCCGCCGUUCGAUCUACAGUCGGAUGGGUGUCGCAAGAUCACACGGAGAGAAAAGCGCGAGAAGAAAGCGCGGAAGACUGCUCUGCGCAUAGCACUGCAGGCAGGCGAAGCUCCGACCUCCGCUUUCGAGCGGUCAAAUUCGCCGAGCCUUCAACAGCAUCGCAGCGCAUCCGUGCCGGCCUCGCCUGGUGUGUUCACGGGGACCAUGCCACAAUUUGCGGUCUCUGCGCCAUCGCCACUCAGCCUGUCCGCAAUUUCACCUGGCGCCACUGGUCGGGAAGUGCCGCGCAGCCCGCUGGCCAAUCGAUCACGGUCUCCUUCGGCGGACAAGGGCAAGCAGACAUUGAACCUUUCACUUCCGGGCCUGGAGGCCAAUGACAACGGCAGCAAUGACCAGAGCGAUAAGGGCAACCCUACGGGCCUAGAUCCCUCUGCGGUGUCCGCGCGAGCCCCGCCUACGUCCCUGCCCCCGUCGAGUGCGAUCCGUGCGCCUCUGUACUCUCCCCUGUUCGGAGGCAUCGCACCGCCUGCUGGACUCAUCGAUGACUUGGACGAGCAGCCGGUAGAGACGCUCAUGAUCUAGCGUCCUAUACAUAAUAAUCUCCUACGCAGUAGACAUGGUUGCGACACAUCAGCUUUAUCUGAAAGCCCAGCUGUAACCUACACGUUGAUUGCCAUUGCACAACGCUUAAAAAAAAGAAAGUGAGCAGC